AUAUUAGAGUGACAGCUACUCUAUGACUUGCCCUCGAACUUACAGGAUGAAUAGCCUCAAGGCUCUGUUUCUCUUGGCUGCGGGCCUCUCUGUUGCCCAGUCACUGGAGUACAAGGCACUCAACCAGUUCAGAGCUAUGAUCCUGUGUGUGAUGCCUGAUAGCUGGCCUGUUUUUGACUACGCCGACUACGGCUGCUACUGCGGAAAAGGAGGCUCCGGCAAACCUGUGGAUGAACUGGAUAGGUGCUGCCAGGUGCACGACCAGUGUUACAGUGAUGCAACACAGCACCCUGACUGCUGGCCCAUCAUUGACAAUCCCUACAUCGAGCUCUAUCACUACAGCUGUGAUGAGAAAAACAAGGAGGUCACCUGUGGCGAGAAAAACAACGAAUGCGAGAUGUUCAUCUGUGAGUGUGACAGGAAGGCCGCCGAGUGUUUCGCCAGGUCAGAUUGGAACCCUGAACACGAGCACCUGCCCAGCGACCAGUGUCAGUGAAGACAGCUAAAAUGAAGUGGGAGAUUGAUUUGUUAAUUUCUUAAUGAUCCUUAAAUUUUCACGUAGACCUUAUACAUUCACACAUGCACACAUCACGAUUUCUGUAUGGGAGUAAACAAUGAUUUUGGUGACCUUUAACCAUCAACUAUCCCCUGCACUUGCUGAUUUACUGCUGCUGGUUUUCUAAUUGUGAAGAUAUCCUAAUAAUAAAUAGCCUGGGAACCACAAA